AUGACUAGUAUAGUACAUUUUAAAUUUCAGCAUCCAAACUACAAUGGUAACGCUAAUGGUUUCCCUAAUGAUAUUGCCGUUGGUAUUCUAACUAGUGAUGUAAAUGUUGGUGGAACCAUUGGUUUGGCUUCUGCAGGUAGCAGUUUUGCUGGCAGUAAAUGUAUCAUCAGUGGUUGGGGCAGAACUUCAGGAACAUCUUCCAUUCCUAAUGAUUUGAAAUAUGUUGAAAUGAACAAGAUCACCAACAGUGAAUGUACCAGCAGAUGGGGCAGUAGCUACAUCUUUAACUUCCAUAUCUGUGUCUACGAGUCUGGUAAAUCAGCUUGUAAUGGUGACAGUGGCGGACCAAUGAUCUGUAACAGUGGAAGUCAAACUGUUCUAGCUGGUAUCACUUCAUGGGGAGCUACAGGUUGUCCUGGAACCAGACCCAGUGUCUAUACCAGAGUUUCAGAAUAUCUCAACUGGAUUAAUAGUAUUAACUAAAAUCAAUUAUAGAAAAUUUUUAAAUGUGAUUUAAAAUAAAUGUUAUAGCCAAUA